AUGAUUGAAAAAAAGUCCUUAUGGGAGCUGAUCGAGCCGAUCUCCGUCAGAGCCCGAGCAGUUGAAGAAUUCGUUUACGAUGUUGCUGAUACAGUCGUUUGUAUUGCCGAAGCGAUUGAGGAUCCUUUUGGUCCUUCUACCCGGAUACCAGAUCUAGAAGAAAAGAACUUGUCCCGGUUGGAUAUGGUUACGAUUGAUCUCUUGGAGGCAUACGAUGAGGUGCUUAAGGAAACAAAAAUAAGUUCCUCAAGUCGACGGAGAGACGAUCUCGGCAAAUUGUUAAAGCCCCCCACUCCACAUCCUGAACGACCAGCACGGCCUUACGUUAUUGGAUUAUGUGGCGGUAUCGCUUCAGGAAAAAGCAACAUCGCCAAAAUAUUACGAGAACAGCCCGGAUUCGAGGUGAUCGACUGUGACAAAUUAGCCCACAAGUGCUAUGAACCAGGAAGCGAACUCAUUGAGGAGAUCGACAAGCAUUUCGAAGGUGUGGUCAAAGAUGGAGUUGUUGACAGGAAAGCUUUAGGAAAACUCGUUUUUGGUAACGAAGAAAAACUUCGAACAUUGUCCGGAUUAGUAUGGCCAGUUUUGUUGAAGAAAGUCGAAGCGAUUAUUGCAGCUUCAAAAAGUGAAGUUAUUGUGAUAGAGGCUGCUGCUAUUGUGGAAGCACAAUGGCAUUUGUAUAUGAAUGAGUUGUGGACAGUAUUUGUACCACACGAAGAAACGGUGCGGCGGAUUAUGGAGAGAGAUGGACUACCCAAAGAACAGGCCGAGGUUCGAAUAAAGAGUCAGAUUACGAACAAAGAACGUAUUGAUCACAGCAAUGUGGUGUUCUGCUCGUUAUGGGCAUAUGAAGAAACUCGUGCCCAAGUUGAACGAGCUCUUGAGGACCUACAGUCACGUCUUUCAGAUUCAUCUUAG